GAAUCCUUUGACAAAAUCAUUCUACCUGAUGUCUAAAAUGAUGAUUCACUUCAAGCAUAAAAUUUGACAACAAAACAGCUGAAUAACUAAAGAUUUGAGUAUUUUUACAAAAAGUUUACUUUUUAGAUAGUUUUUCUUAAAGUGACAACAAAAUAAACAAUAAAUUUUUAAACCAUAACAAAAAGUGAAAAAAGUAAACAUUAAAUGAAAAUAACGUAAAAAAAGCUUAUUUAUCACUAUUACAAUUUCCCCCCGCGUUUAGUUCUCAAAGCACUAAACUCUCUAUUGGUCUCUCGUUUGCUCUAUCAAGUUCAAAGUCAUAAAAAUAAAAAAAAUAUUGAAGAAUUAUAAAAAAAACAACAUUCAUAAAUAAAAACAGAAAAAAAGCUUUUUUGUAUUUGCUCCUCUUUUUGUGUGUGGAGCUCACUAUCUGUGUACUUGGCUCUCUUUAAGUGGGGAGAAAAAAAGUUUUUUAUUUGGUUUUUUUUGCAAACACGUUGUUUUGAAAACAGCUUACAAAUGAGUAACGAAUCGUCUGCGAGUGAAACAACACCGCUGCGUCGGCCCGACGAUAGAUACAACAUUAAUUCGCUACAACAAACGUCUCCCCCAUUAACGCCUUCAUCUUCUACUACGUUUAAUAAUUACCAAACGCGUAACCCCUCGUCGGUCCGUAAUAAUUUAACUUCCUCGUUAACGGAUCCCAUAAAUUUGGCUUCUACAACGGUGGCCAUUUCUAAUCAUAAUAACAAUAAUAUUGAAGUUCAUUUAAGCAGCAGCCAUCAGCACCAACAACAUUUAAACAAUAACAACAACAACAGCAAUAGUGAAAUAUUUAUAAAAAUGGAAACAAAUAAACGUAUUCUCUAUCGAGUUGGCCUAGAUGUGUUGAUAUUAUUGUGCGUUGGUUUCCCCAUUUUAUGUUUCUUUUUAUGGGGCGAUUCAUAUAAACGCGGUUUCUUCUGUGAUGAUGAAUCUUUGAUGCAUCCCUUCAAAGAAUCAACGGUUAAAAGCUGGAUGUUGUAUAUUAUUGGUCUGGUGCUGCCAAUUAGUGUGAUACUAAUCGUUGAAAUUAUUCAAUCGAAAAACCAUGAAAAACUUACUAAUGGCAAUUCCACAGCAAGACGAUAUGUUUUCAUGGACUAUGAAAUACCCGAUUGGAUGGUCGAAUGUUAUAAGAAAAUUGGAAUUUUUGGUUUUGGUGCUGCUGUCAGUCAAUUGACAACUGAUAUCGCAAAAUAUUCAAUUGGACGUUUGAGACCACAUUUCAUAGAUGUUUGUCAACCUAUUAUGCCAGAUCACACUACUUGUGCCGAUCCCAAGAAUUUGGGUAAAUAUAUAACUGAUUUCACCUGUGGCAAUCCAUACGCAACGAAACGCAUGUUAAAGGAAGUUAGACUAUCGUUCCCCAGUGGCCAUUCCAGUUUCACCUUCUAUACCAUGGUCUAUGUAGCGUUAUAUUUACAAUCGCGCAUGACUUGGCGUGGUUCGAAAUUAUUGAGACAUUUCUUGCAGUUUGCUUUAAUCAUGAUUGCCUGGUAUACAGCCCUGACGCGCGUAUCCGAUUAUAAACAUCAUUGGUCCGAUGUGUUGGCUGGUUCAGCAAUUGGUUCCCUAGUGGCUGUUAUAGUGGCCAAUUAUGUUUCCGAUUUAUUUCCCAAGAAAUCAUCAAAAUCGUAUGUGUUACCUCGUUCCAUGCAAGACAUGCCACCUCAAACAAUAACAGCGAAUGGUAAUUAAUUGACUUUAUUAAGGAAAGUGUGUGUAAUUUAUUAUUAUUAAUUAAAAACACCAAUGGAUAUAUAAAAAAAAACAUUCUAUAUAGAAAUAUAAAAGUAUUUUUUAAAAAUAAUUUUAUCACUAUAAGUAAAAAUAAAUUAGUUGUAAGUUAAACAAAAAAAAAAAAAGAAAAUUAUACUUAAAAAGAUAAUUAAAUGCAAAAUAAUUUUACUUAAAACUAACUAGACUCGCAGACAAAGUUCACAAGUUUAAAGUUAAUUAAACUAUAAUUUAUCAAUUAACACACAAUAUCAAACUAAAUUAAACAAAAAAACUGUAAAAUAAAAACAAGUUAAAUCUAUACAACAACACUUAAAAGCAAUAGAAGCAGAGCUUUCAUUUAAUGUAAUUAAUUGUUUAUGUUAUAAAUAAAAUCUAGUUAAUAAAUUAAGAAACGAUUUAAAUUAAUUAAACAGCAAAUACACAUAUUUAUAGAUGAUUAAGAAAGCACCUCAAGUGUCUUCCUGAUUUCUAAGAGAAUUUAAAUUAUUAAUUUAAUUAAUAAUUAACUCAAAUAAAUACUUGAAAUUAUAUACUGUAAUUGUAAAAAAAAAAACUGUUAAGCCUCUAAUCAUAGUAAUUUUUAUUAAAAGCACCCUUAUUUAUUGUUAAACAAUUUUGAAUUACUACUGACCAUAAAGAAAAACAAAUUUAAAUUAUUAUAAAAUUAUUAUAUUAAACUAGUGCAUAAAAUACAUAAAAUUUAGUUGCCUUAUAAAAUAAAUAAGUUUAAAAAACUCUUA